AAAUCUAAAUAUCCGAACCCGAUUCGAAAUAACCGAAUCCGAACUAAAAAUACCCGAACCCGACCCGAAGUACAAAAAUACCCGAACGGAUUCUACACCUCUAUACCGAAAUACCCGAAAAUCCAAAAUAUCUGACCCGAACCCGAACGGAUACCCGAACGCCCACCCCUAGUAAUCUUACAUCUCUUUCUUAAAUUCUGAAAAUAAACUUUUCAUCUAUUUAUAUUAGUAGCCGGUGCUACAAUUAUUUUCCAUGUUGCUAAGGUUACUGUCAUAUAUAGAUGAAUAGUAAUGAAGAAAAAAAAAUUGGUUUUGGAAUUGACUUGAAAUUAUAUGUUGUUGAAAAAAUCCCCAUAAAUAUUAUGUUUUAGUUACAAAAUAUAUAUAUAUAUAUAUAUAUUACGUUUUCGGUAAAUAUAGUCAUUUAAAUACUAAACUCACACAUUUCACUCAAAAAGUAUGUAUUAAUUAAUAAUUCACAAAUUAGCAAAAUUAUAUAUAUAUAUAUAUAUAUAUAUAUAUAUAUAUAUUUGAUCAACCGAAAAUUACAAACUUUGGUUAAAUAUAAAAAGUAAUACAAAAAGUGUUUUUGGAAUGAAAGAAAUGUGAUAAAAGUGCGUGAUGUAAAUGACUCCUAAAGUUACUGAAUGUCGGAAUUACAUUAUGCGAAAGAAUAAAGAAAUGCAAAUCGACAACCUCAAACAUUAUGCGACGACAACUUUCAGCUGAUCCACGUGUCAAAAAAACAUACCAAAAGCAACGGCAACGAUUCGUAUAGAUGAACUUCUUUUGACCAAGCCGAACCAAUUAAAAAACCAAGAGAAAAACUUUUACUCCUUUAUAAAACACGAAGAGACUAGAGGGUCUCCACAAAUACAUAACCAAGAGGGAUAGUCUAUAAUAGUAUAAUCUCUCGCAUAAUAAGAAGAUGGCCAACCCCAACAACGACUGGUCUCAAUUCUACAACAAACAAACCUUCUUCCCCACCACAAGCACCACCACGACCACCGCUUCCACGUCAGCUGAUUCUUCCGUUAACCCUGAAAGCCGCCGUGUUUCAAAGCCAACUCGUCGGAGGUCUAGAGCCUCCCGCCGUACACCCACUACACUUCUCAACACCGACACAGCCAACUUCAGAGCCAUGGUCCAACAAUUCACCGGCGGUCCAUCCGCCAUGGCUUUCGGUUCACCGUCAUCUGGUUUUAGCCUCACCUCGUCGGGACCCACAGCCGGAGCUUCUUCGGUCGGCUAUCAGUACGCUAAUUUCCAGAACCAAGUUGCUCACCACGAAGUAUUGCAACAACAACGACAGUACAUGGUCUCGUCAUCAAACCACGUGAGUACUCAUCUUAGCUAUCCUAACACAGUGGUUUCCGAUGGUUUUCUGGCUGUGGAUGAAAGUAGAGACGGUGGAAGAGGAGGAGGAGGCUAUGCUCCAUCAUCGGAGAUGAAUAGCAAUAGUACUACUUCAUGGUUGCAAUGAGGAUCGGUGGAUCAUUCUAUAUAUUUUAUUUCUGUAACUUAUUUUCUGAGGAAAAUAAACAUAAAAGGAAGAAAUGUUAGGUACUGACUUUGUUUGUAGCAGAAUGAAAACUUUGACUAUCGUAAUUUUUGUUUAAGUUGUGUUUUUCUUUAGGAUUUCUCUUGUAAUCACUUUGUGAACGCAUAUACAUAGACUGAAUAAAUUAAAUUUUCAUU